GCUCUCGGUCGGCGCGCAGUGCUCGUGCCACCACCACCUCCUCCACCGCUAGCGGAGCCGACAUGCCCCUGGGCCGGCCCAGGUCACCGCCCAGCCUCCUCUCCUGAUCAGGUGCGCUCUGGCCGCGAUGCGGGCGCUCGGCUGGGCGCUGCUCGCCCUCCUGCUGGCCGUCGGCAGGUCGGCGGCGCAAGGUGAGCAGCCGAUCGUCGACGACGACGAUGCAUGCGACGACGAGCCUAGCGAGCCGCCUUGCUCUCACUGCACACCGGCGCGCGUCGACGCUGCGGCGGGAGCAGACUCGGACGGCCCAGGGCCGGAGGGUGACCCCGAUCGACCUUUUGUGCCGCUAUCAGGAGCAAAGUGUGACAGGGUGUAUGUGAGCCGCGAGGACCAGGACGAGCCGGCGCCGUUCGAGGCGCCCACUCUGCACAACCCCCUGGGUCACUCGCGCCAGUGCCUGCUCAAAUUCAUCGCACAGCCUCACCAGAGAGUGAAAAUAUCGUUUCGUCUGAUGCGACUUCGAGGCACCUAUCCAGACUGCCAGCACGAGUACCUGGACGUGUUCUCCGAGCUGCGUCGGCCCGACGAGGACCUGCUGGAGACGCCGUUCGGCGGCAGGUUCUGUGGCAUGAUCGCCCCCCGCGCCCGGAUCAGCCUCUACAACAGCCUGGUGCUCGGCUUCUACACUGACCAGGCAGAGACAGACGGCGAGCUCUUCUACGGCACCUACCAGUUCAUCAACGCCUCAAAAUAUGAGCUCGGCACACCCAUCCCGGGCAGUCCAUGCAGCUUCGAGAUAAACCACAGCAAUCAGAAGCGGAAGGGGCUUCUGGUGUCGCCCACCUACCCAGGAGUGUACCCAAAGGGUCUGAACUGCGAGUACCGCUUUGUGGGAAAACCCGGCCAGCGGAUACGACUCGAGUUCAGAGACUUUGACCUCUUCAUGGGCGGCCAUCACUGCCCGUUCGACUUUGUGCGCAUCUACGACGGAGCCAACCAGUCUGCCCCACUGAUCGGCACUUUCUGCCGACCUGAGCGGAACCUGGUCAAAUACUCCACCGGCCAUCAGCUGCUGAUGACCUUUGUCACCAUCCAGAGGACGCCCAACCCGGAGAAACGCGGCUUCAGUGGCAUCUACGAGUUCAGCGAGAGCUUCGUCAACCUCGAUUUUAUCACUGGCCAGCACAUACGCGGAACAGAGUGUGACCAGAGGAUUCUGAGCAAGAGAGAGUCGUCAGGCAUGGUGUACUCUCCAAAUUAUCCAUUUCCGUAUCUUCAGAAUAUUGUCUGCAAGUACUUCAUAUACGGAAUGAAGGACUCUCAGAACCUGGAGCGGGUGCUGCUGAUGUUCGACAUGUUCGACGUCCCCGGAGAGGCGCUGCAGACAGGCACCACAAUCGCCGAGUACGACUCCGACACCGACAAGGGGUGCGACGGCGGCUACGUGCGCAUCUACCUGCGCGGUCAGGAGGUGAAGGAGGCGUUCGACAAGUUCGACCGUGAGCUGUGCGGCCGCCAGGUGCCCGAGUCGGUGCGCUCGAACGGCGCUCGGCUGACGCUGGUCUUCAGCAGCGGAGCCACGCAAGGCAGCGGCUUCAAGGCCAACUUCAAAUUCGAGACAGAGUACCUGAUUCCGGGUACCGCCGCCCCCGACGGCAGCUGCCGGUUCACCUACAACUCAGCGGCCGGGAAGCGGGGCGACUUCAACUCACCUCGCCAUCCGGCCAACUACCCUUCAGCCACCGCAUGCGAGUACACGUUCGAAACGCAGCGUAACGAGCAGGUGCGCCUGGUCUUCGACAACUUUAAGGUGCGCGCCGAGAACAUCAACGGUUCGGCGUACGGAGUGCACAACUGCCACGAAGACUGGCUGGAGAUAUACAACAUCUACUACGACAACAGCACGGACCUGAUCGCCCGGUACUGCAACCAGUCGACUCCGGGUCCCACUGAGUCCAUCCGGGGUGCCCGCGGACUCCGAGUCAUUCUGCACUCUGACGCUGAUCACGUAUCCAGCGGCUUCAAAGCCAAGUACAUAUUCCUCAACGCAAAGGACAUAUUUGGAGACUGCGGUAAGAACAUCAGCAGCUCCCAGGACGGCGUGGUGACCUCGCCCCUCUUCCCGGACAACUACCCGGCCAAGGAGAGCAAGGUCUGCCACUGGUACAUCCACGUCAAACCCGAGAGGAAGAUCCUGCUCUACUUCGACACGUUCAUCGUGGAGGGAGACCGAUCCAACCGCGGCUGCCCGGCGGCGGUGGUGCGAAUCUGGCAGGACCUGAAGAGCACCCCCAUCGAGCUGUGCGGAGACACACUGAUGUCACGCUACAAGCAGAUCAUCUCUGCCAGUAACGUAAUGAAGCUGUCGUUCAUAUCGUCAGAGAAGUCGGUCGGUCAGCAGGGAUUCCGAGCGUACUGGACUGAGAUGAAGGACGACAAGGAGUGUGACGGUUUCCACUGUGAGAAGAACGGCUUCUGCAUCCCUGAGCGGCUCCGAUGCAACAUGAGAGCCAACUGUGGCGUGGGUGACCUUAGCGACGAGACUGGCUGCGCCACGGCCGCCGAGGUGGACGUAUUCAUGCUGCUGGGCGUCAUACUGGCCAUCGUGGCGGUGGCCGGUCUGGGUCUGUGCGUCUGGUGCCGACGCCGCGGGGAGGACCGUCACCGGCGCCACCCGACCUCACCCUCACACCGUCACGUGCACGUGUGUGACCACCUGGGGUCGCGGCUCUCCACCAUGGACACCGUAUGAGAGAGGUGGCGGUUCGGGCCCAGUGAUCCGCCCAGUGUCGCCUCAUCCACCGGUACACUGUGACACGGUGCGGGCGAUACAGGGGAGAGGAGAGGCUGGGUAGAGCACAGGGAGAGGGGCAGGACUGGAGAGAGACGCGCGUUGUAGAGGUGGAAACCUAAAGGAUGGCUCAGAUACGAAAUGAUUCGUGCGGGGGGGGGGGGAGGCACGCUUUUCAGAUGAAGUUGUCAGAAGUCAGACUGUUCUUUUCUACUUCUGGGUUUGUUUCAACCAGAAAACUUUCGUCAAGCCUGGCUCCAACACGGAUAGGUACCGCGUAGUAUGAGCUGGAUUGAGGACCUGACCCCAGUGACCUGACAGCUGGUCGGAACGCCCCCUCUUCACUGAGUGACCUGAGUGACCCAACAGCUGCCUCGGACCGCCUACUCGAGUGACCUGAGUGACCUGAAUCGACCGGACUGACCUGAGCAGGAGUCACUCCGGUUUCAAACGGACCCGUCGUCGCCACCGAAACGCAGAGCACUCUCGAAACGAUCGCACAAUCGCACAAUAAAGAGAAAAACUCAGCAGUGACCGGUCCACAAGUGACUGGAGGGACGCCAAACCUACCGAAAUUGUUGGACUAGUCAGCGUCAGUGACUGUGAAAUGUGAACUGAGAGCAAUGCACGGACGGACGUGCAUCAGUUUCAUUCAGUGUGAUGGUUUUGUGUAAUGUUAUGGGCAAGCGGCGCCAAAGACAUUUGCUUGUCAAUUGAAAUACGCCAAAUAAACGCCAAAGUUGUAGGGGAACUGCAACUAGACCGCGAGAAGUUAGCAGUUGUUGGCUAUUUCACGAUGUGCUGUCAAAAUAUGGGAUGAAAUCUCGCUGGUGCUAUGUGUUGUGGGAUGGAGGAUGGGUACAACUUGCGUUGUGAAUGUGUUUGUGUGUGCGUGUUGUGAACGGGAUGGACACCGGACGGCAUGCCAGAGGUCGCCCUAAGAAUGAUUGCCAACCUGUUAUUUUCCUGUUAGUCCAACUUUACUAGAAAAAGGCUUCACCGACAGCGCUGCUGCCUGAACCGUUGAAGCAAAAAGCUGGUGAUAGAUGCUGCAGUGUGUGUCAUUACAUGGCCAAACGCAACUAUGCGAGCAGCUACGGGUGAAUUCUACUAGUGAUCUUAGCGAUGUCGACAGUCGAUUAAUUACACACCUAUGUAGGUAUUUAUUUUGUACCUUAUACCCUACUUCUGAUAUUUUUGUUCAGCUUGUUGUCAGACCAACGAGCAAAUAAUGUCAGUUGUGUCUUGUCAGAUCCUUCAUAGCACCUAAACCUAAACUACCGAAUGCCAGUGUGAAAUCGAAGGGCAUUGUGACUCAAUGGAGGGCACCAGUCCUUUGCUUGAUGGCUGCGCCACCUAGGAUGUAGUUUGGCGAUGGUGCUGCCACCUAGGGCACUGACCUGGCAGCUCUCCAGCUGCGGCUGUCAGUGUGAGGAUUGCACACACAGAUCAGUGUGACGAUGGGCCGGUAUUGGGUUGUGCUCAAGCCGUCUUCACGAUGGCAAUAGUUGUAGUAACUUAAAUGCGCAAUGUGGGACAAAAUCAGAGUGUGAAUCGCUUCAAUUGAUUCAUGUUGCGACUUGUGGAGCGUCGUGUAUGUGCUUACUGUUGUCAGACGAGCCACGAGUGCUGUUACUAAAUACUUUACCACA